GGCGGCUUUGGUAGAGGAGUUUGGUGGUGCCGCUGCUGGGCUGCGGAGCUUGGCGCUGCACAUAGAACUGGAGCUCCAGGCCUUGGACCCUGACCUGUACCUCUGUUGAGGACAUAAUGAAGGCACUGGUUAUUUUACCAAGGCUUUGACUGGAAUAACAUUUCCAAAAGUGUCCAGACUGCGUCAAGGAAUUAAAGUUGACUUUAUAAAGCCAAUAAAAAGCCCUUUGAAAAACUGGCCAGAUACCCAUCAGUACCUUUCCUGAUCUGUGACUGUGCACUUCUCUUAAGAUAGGAACCCAGAAGAGGACUGAUCAUUUCUUGCAGUUCUAAAAAUCAUGGCUCAGAGAUCAGUGAUAUUCAGGGAUGUUGCCAUUGACUUCUCCCAGGAAGAGUGGGAAUGCCUAGACUCGGCUCAAAGGGAUUUAUAUAGAGAUGUCAUGUUGGAGAACUAUAACAACUUGGUGUCCCUAGACUUGCCUUUAAGGUGUGCAAAUAAGGACUUAUCUCCAAAAAAGGACUUUUAUGAAGCAAAAUUAUCCCAAUGGGAAUUGAGUGACAGACUUGAAAACUGUGAUCUUAAAAAGUCCAAUUUCAGAGACUAUUUGGAAGCCAAUGGCAAGGUAGAGAAGCAACAAGAUCACAAGGAACAUUUAAGGCAAGGGAUGAUUACGUAUGACAAAAUGUCCAUUUUCAACCAGCAUACUUUUUUAUCUCAAAGUCCAAGAUGUCAUUCUACUGAGAAACCCUAUAAAUGUGAGGAAUGUGGGAAAGCCUUCAGACGAGCAUCACACCUGAGUCAACAUCAGAGUAUUCAUACUGGUGAAAAACCCUAUGAAUGUAAGCAAUGUGGGAAGGCCUUUAGUCGGGAUUCACAACUUAGUCUUCAUCAGAGACUUCAUACUGGAGAGAAACCCUAUGCGUGCAAGGAAUGUGGGAGGGCCUUUACUCAAAGCUCACAACUUAUCUUACAUCAUAGAAUUCAUACUGGUGAAAAGCCAUAUAAAUGCGAAGAAUGUGGGAAAGCCUUUAUUCGUAGCUCACAACUCAGCCGGCAUCAAAAAGUCCAUACGGGUGAGAAACCUUACGAAUGCAAAGAAUGUGGGAAGGCCUUUACUCAGAAUUCACAGCUUACCCUGCACCAGAGACUUCACACAGGUGAGAAGCUCUAUGAAUGUAAAGAAUGUAGAAAGGUCUUUACACAGCAUUCACAACUUGUCCUCCAUAGGAGAAUUCAUACUGGUGAGAAACCCUAUGAAUGUAAAGAAUGUGGGAAAGCUUUUAUUUGUGGUUCACAGCUUUCUCAACAUCAGAAAAUUCAUAAUGGGGAAAAACCAUAUGAAUGUAAAGAAUGUGGAAAAGCCUUUAUUCGGGGCUCACUACUUAUGCAACAUCAGAGGAUCCAUACUGGUGAAAAACCCUACAAGUGUGAAGAAUGUGGGAAGGCCUUUAUACGUGGCUCACAACUUACUCAACACCAGAGAAUUCAUACCAAUGAAAAGCCCUAUGAAUGUAAGGAAUGUGGAAAGACCUUUAGUCAUGGCUCACAACUUACUCAACAUCAGCGAAUACAUACUGGUGAGAAACCUUAUCAGUGUAAGGAAUGUGGAAAGGCCUUUAAUCGUGGCUCACUCCUUACUCGACAUCAAAGGAUUCAUACGGGUGAGAAACCGUAUGAAUGUAAAGAAUGUGGAAAAACCUUCAGUCGUGGCUCAGAACUUACUCAACAUGAGAGAAUUCACACUGGGGAGAAACCCUUUGAAUGUAAGGAAUGUGGUAAAUCUUUUAUUCGUGGGUCACAGCUUACUCAACAUCAAAGAAUUCAUACUGGUGAGAAGCCUUAUGAAUGUAAGGAAUGUAGAAUGACCUUUACUCAGAGUUCACAUCUUUCUCAACAUCAGAGACUUCAUACUGGUGAGAAACCUUAUGUGUGUAAUGAGUGUGGGAAGGGCUUUGCUCGUGGUUUACUACUUAUACAACAUCAGAGAAUUCAUACUGGUGAGAAACCAUUUCAGUGUAGGGAAUGUGGGAAGGCUUUUAUUCGUGGUUCACAACUGACUCAACAUCAGCGAAUUCACACUGGAGAAAAACCUUAUGAAUGCAAAGAAUGUGGAAAGGCUUUUAGUCAUGGCUCUCAACUUACUCUCCACCAGAGAAUCCAUACUGGAGAGAAGCCCUAUGAAUGCAAACACUGUAGAAAGGCCUUUACUCAGAGUUCACAUCUUUCUCGACAUCAGAGAGUUCAUACUGGUGAAAAACCCUAUCAGUGUAAACAAUGUGGGAAGGCCUUUACUCGUGGUUCACAACUAACUCAGCAUCAGAGAAUUCAUAUUAGUGAGAAAGCUUUUGAAUAUAGGGAAUGUGGGAUAGAUUUUAAUUAUGGCUCACAAGUUUACAUGUGAAUUAUCUGAUUCUGUGGUAUCAGCACAUAGAACCUUCUAUGGUUAUUUACGUUUUGUCAGCAAAGAACUUUCACAAAUGUGAAUAUGGGAGAACAUUUGCCAUAUUUGUCAGCAUCAGAACAUCUAUAUAGGAGAAUGUGAAUGUUAAUGUAAUCCAUGUAGAAAAGCCUAUCAUUUGUAACCUAUUAACCUUACGAAAUUAGAAAAUAAUUCUGUACUAUAUGUGUGA